GUCGGCCUUGUUAAUUUAGUGGCAUUAUUUUUGAGACCUUUUCUUUGUUUCUUUAUUCCUUUUUUUUUUAAUUCGCAUAAACAUGAUGACGCCUCUCAGUGGAGAGGUUGAUUCUGACUCCUCAACUUCUUCAAGCGAGGAAGAAUGGGUCAUAACUUCUGUAGAUAAAAAGCAAGUCAAUAAGAAGGGAUCACCAAGAUUAGUCUUGAAUACUAGCCCAAAAAUACAUUCUUCAACAUCAUCCCUUUCCAACCUACAAAAGUCUUCUUCAAGCUCGGCCUGUUCAAGCAAAAAUGAUUCACCUAUUAUACAUUCUGUACCUUUACAAUACAUUUCUGACAGCGAGAUAAAGAAUAUAUGCGUUCAAAGUGAUGCCAAAGCGCUUAUUAGUCAACUUGUUCGUGUGUACAAGAGUGCAGAUAUCUUUUUGAAGAUCAGAGACAUAGAAACACAAUCCUCAAUGACGUUUGAAAUGAGACUUAAAGAACACAUGGCACAUUGUGAAGAUCCAUGUGAUUUUAUUAUUAACUGUUUAGAAGAACUCUCGGUCUAUUUUUCAGAAAAUGCAAAGAUAAGAGAACUUACACCCAAAUUUCGACGGUUGCUGACCGAGGUACUGUGUAAAGGUCUGUAUUAUUUCUUGGAAACACCUAUGCAUGAACGACAAACCAGCAUCGAGAAUGAACCUGAUCUGAUCUCAUUUGAUGAUGAUGAAGUGGUUGUGCCUACCCAGACAACGCAAGGAGAGAUGGAUCUGAUCUCUUUUGAUGAACCUGAAAUGCUUGUACCAGUAGAUCAUGCAAAUUUUGAGGGUGAUGAUGACUAUGACAGUUCAGAUGACGAAGAGAUUCCCGUCAUCAACCUGUCCUCUCCUAUCGAUAAAUAUGUCAUCUUACCCAAACACCAAAACAAACUAGUUGACAAAAUUGACACGAUCCCUUCGCCUGUCAUCAUUUACUAUGCAAUAGAUACUUUUAAGCUGCAAGAUGUUAUCGCUUGCGGCUGUCUACGCGAAGAGGAUGGCGUCAGAUUGGUCCGCAAAUUAAUAAAAUAUGGGUAUUUUAAUGAAGCCAUUACGGCCAUCAAGAAAUUAGACCUCUUUCCUCGUUUUGACAUCCCAGCUAUAGCCACCGACCUGUUUACGUCAGGACAAGGCAUGCUCCUUCCGACGCUUGUCAGCCAACGGCCGAUCUUGCAACGAGAAUUACUUGACUUUAUUGACAAGCAGCUGAGGUUCAGUUUCGCGGGAUCACUAGGAAUUGUGGCACCCGAACGACUGAGCAAUGUUGACGAGGUACAACAGUUAUCAAGAUUGAAAGAACGCAAGUUUCAAAAGGACCUUGUGACAUGUGGAACAAAAGUGGCUCAGGAACUCAAGAUUAGCAUUGAAGAGUACUACUUCGUUCACUUGUCGCAGCGAUACGCGUGUCUUCGAUGGAUCCUUGCUCAACGCGCUAUUCAGCAAAUGGAAGAUCAAGACUUGUCAAUCGAAAAGAGCAGCAACUACAAUGGACUGAUUGACUAUGUGUGCGAAAAUGAUAAGGCAUUGGCUAAGUUGACAAUCAAGGAACUGACAGAUAUGGGUGAUACCAAAUCAGCUGCCUAUUUUGCUACCUGUUAUAAAGAGGAAGCAUUUUACUGCAAGUACAAUGCAUUACCUCUGAAUGAACGGUCAGUGGGUAUUGUCAAGGGUGAACAAUUGUCUCGUCAUUGGACUUCUCUUCCGCCGAAAAAGCCAAGUAAUCCAAGUAAAUUACCUUAUUACGAGCUUCCUCCACAUGCGGUCACCGUGAUGGUCGAUUCAGAAAAGACAUUGAUGUUUAUGAAGGAUAUCUUGUCUCAAUCGCACAGAUGCGGUAUUGAUACGGAAUGGGUACCUGCAUUUGCUAAACAAGGAUCACCUGGAAAGACAGCCUUGAUGCAGAUUGCUUCUGACAUUAAAGGCUAUAUAUUCUUAGUUGACCUCAAGACAAUCUUUGCUUCUGACAAUAAACUGCUCUAUCGAUGGAUUGAGAAAAUCUUACAAUUCUUGUUUGAGGACGAAGAAAUUUUGAAGAUAGCCUUUGACUUCUCUGGCGAUUUUGAUCUAUUAAAACAGGCUAUACCUUCUUCACGCUGUUGGGACGUGGCCAGAUUAUUUGACCUCAAGUCACUUCCUCCGCCUAAUUCAGAUAAACCCAUUACAGGUGGUCUAGCAGGUGUCGUUGCCACCUAUUUGGGAUACACACUCAACAAGCGGCAACAGAUCAGCAAUUGGGAAAAGCGACCAUUGACAGAAGCACAAGUAACUUAUGCAGCUUGCGAUGCUUACUGUUUGUUACAUAUAUACGAAACUCUGUGUAAAUUGAAUCACUCUUUUGUUAGGAAAUCGUCUUCUUUGGCAAGAUAGGAUAUAAAAUAUGAUACCAACUACAACAACAAUAACAAUGAUAUAAUUUAACCUAUAUCCUCUCUUUAUCAUUACUCCCCCCCCCUUUUUUUUUCAUUCUUUUUUCUAUUGUGAAAGUAAUAAACUGACCCGACUUCCUGUGUCACAAAUGGUU